UGCUUCACUGAAUGUGACUCUCAUCAUCAUGCAUCUGCUACAAAACAUCCUGUUUCUGCUCAGCAUCAGUCUAUUUCAAAUCCGUGCCAUAAAGACAAUGGUUAACGUGAACUUUGAAGAGACUGAUAACAUGAAUGACCCUGAUUAUUUCUCUGUAUCUUCUAUAAUUGAAAGAGCCAACAAGAAUGCUGGAAAGCUGAAGGAUGGUUUGAUCAUUACACAUGGUGACAUAGCGGAGUACCCUGGGCUCCAAAAUGCAGAUCCAUGUACUUGUCGUGGGUGCAAGUGGCCCAGGGGCAGGAAUGGAAAGGUUAAAGUGCCCUACGUCAUUUCCAGACAGUAUGCAUUCUCUGAAAGAUGUGUUAUCAAGCGUGCGAUGAGAUCCUUCAAAAAUUCCACCUGUGUCCAGUUUGUACGUCGCACCAACGAAAAAGACUACAUACAUAUAGUCUCAAGGCAGGGGUGCUACUCUUCAGUGGGUCGUAGGGGUAGAAGGCAGGUUCUUUCCCUACAACGCAAUGGCUGUGUUUACUAUCACAUCAUCCAGCAUGAGCUUCUGCAUGCUCUGGGCUUUCGUCAUGAGCAGACUCGUAGUGACCGUGAUGAGCAUGUCAAAAUCCUCCUCCAAAAUGUUAUUCCUGGAAAAGAGCACAAUUUUAAGAAGAUCAAAACCAACAAUUUGAACACGCCAUAUGACUACAAUUCUGUCAUGCACUAUUCAAGGUUUGUUUUCUCCAAGAACAGGGAGCCGACCAUCCUCCCUAUUCCAGACAAUAACGUUUCCAUUGGACGUGCCACUGAAAUGAGCCGCAAUGACAUUCUACGUGUUAACAGACUCUACUGUCGUUGAAGUAGUCACUCUUAUAUUACCAGUGUUACCCUACCAGUGUAUUUCAAAUGCUUUUAUAAAUAACUGUAUGCAAAAAGUUCUGCUCUUGAUGUAAUCUGAUGGGGUUUUACCCCUUGAAUUUCAGAUAUUAGAAAGAUUUUUGCAAAAGCAGCCACCUGGGCACACUUUGCUUAGAGUUUAUUGCAACUUUUUAUAGUUUCUCUGUUCAGCUAUUAUAAGUUUAUGUUUAGUUUUUACCUGCAGUGUUCAGUUUGAGAUCCAUUUAAUAAUGAUGACAGUGAAAUAUUUAAUGAAACAGAGCUCUUUAGUCAUUUAACAUUGUUGUGUAUAAAA